GACACACAGAUACACGUAAACCGCACUUGUCAGUCUCACAAGCGGCAGGAGUCGCCGUAGCUCAGCCUCUCCUCUUUCUUUCUCUAUCAGUCUUUGAUUUCUCUGUGAUGAGUCUUGAUCUUCUUGUGUCCUUCACCCCUCCCGAUCCCCUUUAAUUUACCCCUUUAUCCCCCCAUCGUGUUUGGCUCUUGUCUCUCUCUCUCUCGCUCUCUCGCUCAGCCCCUGUCAGCCCAUUUCGAGACAGCAUGGUGAACAGAUAACCAACUCUGAACCCCUUGACUGGUCAGCAUGGGUGCCUGCCUCUGCAAAGGUCACAAAGUUUAUGUCUGGUGUCCACCUUCAUUUUGCAUGCAACUGUCUACAGUCUGUGACCUUGGACCUGCCUUCCUAUAUGACUGGCUCCAGAGUGCCACCGAGCCGCAUGUGACAGACCCACAGUGUGCUGACGGGAAGCCUGUGCUCAAGGGAGCUCAGGAGCCGGCCAACGGGAUUCUGUCAGAGGAGAAGAGCCGGGGGAGCAACUACAACAUCGGGGAGCUGGCCACCUCCUCCCUGCUGGGUUUGGUGGCCACCAUAAAGGAGCAUAUUACCAAGCCCACUGCUAUGGCUCAGGGCCGUGUCGCCCACCUCAUCGAGUGGAAGGCUUUGGGUGGGGGUGGGAGUGCCCAGCGGGGGGCAGGUUGGGACAGGGCCAGGGGUGGCUGGGGAGGGUCUCUGGCAGGACUGCAAGAGGACGAGCAGUUCUACUCUGACUUAUCCGACGAGGUCAAGGAGGCACGCUUCGCUGCAGGGGUGGCACAACAGUUUGCGCUCGCAGAGGCAGCCCUCUCUGCGUGGUCCGCUCCAGAUGCCACAAAUGGAUCAAAUGGCUGCUCUGGACUCCUGCGAGAUGCAGACACCGUCGUCCUCUCACAGUAUGUGCUCGACAGCAGUGGCCUCGCUGCCCCCCUGCCCCGUUACAGUGAGGGCGGCCCCCUCUUCCCCCCACAGCUACCAAGCAGUCACUGGCAGCCGGACUUGGAGCUCGUGGCACGGACCCGAAAGGCAUCCCGACCCGACGGCUCCAUCCGUUACGCAGACAGCAGCUCCAUGUCUGAGGACGAAGUUUUUUACAACUAGACUUUGAACUGAGAAUCUCGAUAUGCGACAUGCAAAAUGAGAAACUGUGUACAGAUAUGGCAUGGCCAUGUGCUAUUUAAUGCCCUGACUCCUGGCACCGUGACCCAGCUGCGUUCCUGGCUUCUCUACCGCCAGCCCUGCGGAUUCUGAUCUUUAAAACCAUGUGACGAAUGAAUAAGCCUUUUCAUAAUGGGCCGUCUCUGUACCAUUGUGCCGACAGAGAAAUCAAUACAAAAUAGACUCUGUACAGAUAA